CGCACUGAUUGCGUGCGUAGCAACUCUUCCGUUGCAAUCUAGACACGGGAUGCUGCACACAGCUGAGUCGUUAUGGUGAGAGUUCGCGCGCCGGCCGACAUCUAAGAGACUCCCUACCUCCCGCGCUGUCAGAAUAAACAAAACCUUUUCAUUGUGACAAUUUUUUCGCCGAGGCUUUUUUUUCCCGCCGUGAAAUCAUGAGCUACGAUCCUAUACCGGGUUUAGGAGCUCCGGUGGCGCGAAUUCGACACUUCGUAGGCGGGCUCCUACCGCGCGGCAAGCAAGACGAAGAACACCUUCACUUCGCAAAAUGCGACUCCACCGAGUUGUCCGUGCUGGGCCCCGGGGAAGGGGACCAAGCACAACUGGACGGAGGGGCGGAGAACGGCAAACCACCGGUGGUGAAUGGAGGGGUGUCGGCGGCCGGUAAUCCCCUGGCCUCGGCCGGGCAAACGGGGCGGAGUUACGGAGAAGCUAGCAAUGUCAACAUCGCCAAGAAGCAGAUAUCGACUUGGGAUGCAGGAUGGAACGUUACCAAUGCAAUACAGGGCAUGUUCUUAGUGGCGUUACCCUAUGCAGUCCUACACGGUGGCUAUUGGGGCCUCCUAGCACUCAUAUCCGCAGCAAUUGUCACCUGCUACACCGGCAAGAUCCUGGUCGAGUGCCUCUACGUCACUGAUGACGUCACCGGUCUGCGCAUGCGCGUGCGCGAAUCCUACGUGGACAUUGCCAAGGAGGUGUGGGGGGACCGCUUCGCCGCGCAGAUCGUGCACUCGGCGCAAUUCAUCGAGUUGAUCAUGACGUGUAUAUUGUACCUGGUGCUGUGCGGCGACCUGCUCAGCAAUAGUUUCCCUACCAACAAGCUGGACGAGACCACGUGGACCAUGCUGGCUACUUUCUUCGUAGUGCCCUGCGCCUUCCUGCGAGACCUCAAGGCCGUGUCGCGACUAAGCUUCGGUAACGCCAUCGUCCACGUCAUCGUCAACCUGAUUCUGAUUGGCUUCUGCCUGAGCUACGCCGCGCACUGGCACUGGGGUGACGUCGCCGUCCACGUGGACAUCCACUACUUCCCAGUCUCCAUGGGGAUCGUCAUCUUCAGCUACACCUCCCACAUCUUCUUGCCCAGUCUAGAAGGAGGCAUGGUGGAGCGCUCCAAGUUCAACAAGAUGCUGUACUGGACCCACGCUCUAGCCGGUCUCUUCAAGGCCCUCUUCGCUUACCUGUGUUUCCUGACCUUUGGCCCCGGCACACGUGACAUCAUCACAGAUAACCUGCCCACUCAAGGCUUCCGUGCUGUUGUCAACGUUGUGCUGGUUAUCAAAGCCCUGCUGUCCUACCCUUUGCCAUUCUAUGCCGCCAUUGAGCUCCUCGAGAGGGCCUUCUUCAGCGGCCGCCCCAGAACCUUCUUCCCCUCCUGCUACGCCCUGGACGGGUACCUCAACUCCUGGUCCGUGGCUCUGCGCACCCUCGUGGUCAUCUUCACCAUGCUCCUAGCAAUCUUCAUACCCCACUUCAACCUGUUGAUGGGGCUGAUCGGUAGCUUUACCGGCACCAUGCUGUCCUUCGUCUGGCCCUGCUGGUUCCAUCUUAAGAUCAAGUGGCACGAGAUUCCUUGGUACCAGAAACUCUUAAAUAUAUUUAUAAUUCUGAGCGGUAUGAUCGUCGGUCUAAUCGGAAUCAUCUACUCGAUGGAGGCACUUAUAAAAAUAUACCACGAAGAGCAAUAAUUAGUAUUCAUUUCUCAAAGUAGUAAUUUUAUGAUUUGAUGUAUAUUAAACGCAAGAAUGAAUAAAUUAUGACUUCAUAUGCAAAUUUAUUCCAAAGGAAGAAUUUUCAUUCCCCGGGAAAGAUAAUCGGAUUGUCUGCAGAUAAAUCCUUGAGCAAAAGGCUUCGUAAAAAGUUUGCAUUGGAGAGUAUACGUAUAUGGGUUGACAAUUUUGAGUCACCAUAUCUGUGAUGUAAACUUUAAGCGUUUUUUUAAUGGUUGAGUGUCUUUAAUCUCAAAACAAAACAAAAGUUACAGAAAAAAGCAAACCAAUUAAUUGAAAAUUGAAACAUUAGAAUUAAACACCUCAGCCCAUGCCCCUAAUUCAGGUAAAAAAUAACGGCCGGCUGCAAUCCCUUUGUGUGUCCAAAUCGUCAUAUUUGCAUAAACUCAUUAUAAGUCCAGGUUCGCACACUUGAUCUUAACGAAUUAAGUGAAGAGGUUAGAAUUUGGGGCUAACAGGGUGAGUAAAAAAAAUUUAAAAAGCCCAAAUUGCAGGACCGAUUUUUCAUAAAGUUUUGGCUGUAGCACUUUUAAAAUCUAUGAUAUGAAAGCCCAGUCAUUCGGCUUUCGUUUAGUACAAGAAUCAUUCA